AUGAAUUUAGGUAAUAAUUCGAAUACUACCCGAAGUUCAACCCCUUCAACUUCUUUUGAUGCUCCAUCCACUCCAACCAGUAGAACUUCAAGUCCUAGUCCAUCAUCAUCUUCGAACCUAUCAUUAUCAAAUCAAAAUAGAGCAUUCAAGAAACUUGCUGAACAAUUAUGUGCUAUAUUUUAUGAAGGAAAUCAAAAUGGUCAAGAAGAUAGUGAAGUAGAAAAGUCCAUCGUUAAUCACAUUCAUAAAUCUCAUUUUGAACCUGUUCAAAUAUAUGAAUGGUUAAGCAAGAAUAGAGAUACAUUACAAUUUCAAAGUCUCCUGGGUUAUUUCUUUGGUCAUGAAAUUGGAGUGGAAGCAGAUAAAAGAAAAGCAUAUACUUUCUUUUUAAAUGCUGCCAAGAAGAAUGAUCACUUGGCACAAUAUUUUGUAGGAGCAAGUUAUUUAGAAGGAAGUGGAGCGAAACAAGAUUAUGAAUUGGCAUUUCUUUGGUUUCAAAAAUCAGCGAAUGGAGGUUGUACAAAUGGUUUAUGCGCUUUAGGAUAUUGUUAUUUGAAUGGAUAUGGUGUUCAUAAAGAUGAACUUAAAGAAUUAGCUGAAUAUUGGGAAGAAAGAUAUCAAGCGAGUCUCGUUUAUGUAACGGCACCCGGAGAUUUGUUUAAAUCACGAUUAUCUCUUCCCAUAAUAAAUCUAUUCCACGCAUACCAACCACCACCAAUAGCAGAUAAGGCAAGAAUCGUCACACCAGUUGGUGAGAGAUCGGUGAAAGGUCCAAUUUUGAAAUGUCUCGUUAAUCGAUCUUUGGGAUGA